AUGCAACCCUCUCUAUAUUCUAAAGAUGAUUACUUCAAUUAAUAUGUCAACAAACUCUUAAAGAAUACUUCCUAUAUUCAUAUGAAUACAUGCGAAGUCAAGAUCCCAACAAGGAGGAAUAGCAUGAUUGAUUCAUAUUAUUUAACUAAUGACACAAAUGGAAUUUAAAAAUUACAGAUAGAUAAGAAUAGAUCAUGCAGCAAUUUACAAAAUUAUUACUAAGAGUCCAGUACUUCAGUCAAAUAAUUGUAAAAUUCUCAGCUCUCUGUGAUUAAUAAGAAUUCUUAAUAAAUUAUGCUUAGAGUUGAAGAUAAAUUAAUGAACUUUAAGUUUGCUAAAGAGAAUGAUCAGAACAUUAGUACAUCCACAAUAGCCAAAAUGAAAUAUUUUGGUUAAGAUUACUAAUUCUUUGAUUUCUAUAGUUGUACUGAUCUCUUACUUCUUAAGUAUCUUAUUUAUUUACUUCUUGAAGAAAUCUAUUCAUUUAAUUAAAACUAAACCGAGUAAUAACCUAUACAUUCGUAAAAAAAGUCUAAUACUGUAGAUGAGCUCAAAAACAAUAAACAUAGAAAUUCUAUAGAAACCUUAGGUAAAUAAAUCAAUAAGAUGUAAAAAUUAAUUGGAGAAAAAUUAACCUUGCCUAAUUAUGAAAUGUUCGCAACACCUUAAUCCAACAUUAAGAAAAGUGAGUUUAUGAUUCAACCAUCCAGUAGCACUUAAAAACUAGAAUCUGAUUAUACUUAAACCUCAUAUAAUUCUUAAAAAAUGAUCUAAUUCUAAAUUGAUGAAUUGAAGAUAAAAAAUCAAACUAUCACAAAAUAAACCUCUAGGAUUAAUAGUCUAGAAUUAGAACUUAAAUUACUCAAUAAUUAAAUAUCUGAAUCUGAUCUGAAUUUGUAAAUCUUGCAAAAAACUUUAACAGUUAAAGAUCAAGAACUCAAGGAUCUUAUAAAGAAAAAUGAAAAAUUAAUAGAGGCAUCUAAUUAAGCAUUUAGAGAAAAAGAUGAAUUCUAAGAACACUAUAGGGCUGCAAAGGAUGAUUAUGAGUUACUAAGGACCAAGUUUAACGAUUUGUAGAUCAAGUUAAAUGAAUUAUAAAAGAGCAAUCAAAGUAUUUUAAAGGAAAGUUCCUAGUAGAAAAAAUAAUUAACUGACUCUGUUCAAUCAUCCUAAUAGUAAAUGAAAAAAGAAGAAUAAAAAUUAUAAAAAGAGUUGCUUGAUAAAAAUAAACUGAUAAGAUAAUUGUCUGAGGAUGGUAAGAUCUUAGGUUAAUACUUAAAAGAUAUCUCUUAUAAAAUAUAAUAGAUUCCUGCUAAUUAGAUUCCUUAAAAUCUGUAAACAAUUUAAAGAGAAUUAUGCUUGAAUGAAUGUUUAAUAAACACUAAAUUAAAUAAUAUGCAUCUUGCUUAGAUUGAUCUAGUGAAAUUUAACAAAUCUAACAAUCAAGAGAAAAAACCUAGAAAAUAUAUGAAUUGUCAUAAUUAAUUGAUAGAUUAAAUGAAAUCAUUUUAAGUUCAUUCAGAUCUUAUGGCAAUGAUGUUGAUCUAAAGUGAGAUAAUUGAGAAGUUUAUUACUUGA